UGGGGAAAAGAAAUUAUGGGCGUAAAAGGUAAGUUGAUUGCUUCAAUAGAGGCAAAGUGUGGAGGACAUUUGAUUCAUGAUACUCUUCACUCCAAUACUCAUCAUAUACCCAACAUAUGCCCUAGUAAGGUCAACCAUUUCCAGAUUCAUGGAGGUGAAAUCAUUAAGGUUGGUUCAAUUAUUAGCUGGAAAUAUAACGAGGAUGGAAAAGAAAAAUUUGCUAAGGAAGUGAUAGAGUCCAUCGAUCCUCAUAACAAAUCAAUCACUUGGAAAGUGAUUGAAGGAGAUUUGCUAGACUUAUAUAAUUCCUUCAAAAUCAUCACUACUAGUGAACAUGAGUGGACUACAUUGACAUUCGUGUACGAGAAAAAAAAAAAAGAUAUACCAGAGCCCCUCACUGUAUUUGGUGAAUGGAUUGAUGUGAUCAAAGAGAUAGAUGGGCACCUUUUUAAGAAAUAAAAAAUCUAUAAAAUUCAACGAUUGUAUAUGUAUGUGUGCGUGUUUGUGCUUGUGUGAUGAAUCUUUAAUAAUAUCGGCUAGUUCUAGCUAGCAUGUGAAAUAAAUAAUGUUAUAUUCAAAGAAUA